AUCUCUCGUCUUCGGCUCGAAUCUGAAAUCCACUCGUCGAGGUUCCAUUUGAAUUAAGCCAAUCAAAUUUCGAAACGGAGCUUCCGAUUUCAAUGCAGAUCGCAUGCCUCCCGAUUCCGAUUUCUUCAAUCACUCCCCGGAACUCUAUUCCAUCUUCAUCAAUAUCCUCAAAUCCUCGUCGCCGCGUUUUCAACCUCUCCUUCUCCUUUCAGAACCCGAAACACUCUUUCUUCGCUUCUUCAUCUUUCAGAAAACCGCAUAGAACUCAAACUGGUUUCAAAGCUCCUCCUGUUUUGGCUGCCAUGAGAAGGGAUGAAGCUGAUGCGUUUUAUAUGAGGAGAUGCGUGGAACUGGCGAAGAGAGCAAGUGGGUGUACAAGUCCUAAUCCUAUGGUGGGUUGUGUCAUUGUCAAAGACGGCAAGAUUGUUGGCCAAGGCUUUCAUCCCAAAGCUGGCCAGCCUCAUGCCGAGGUGUUUGCUCUUCGAGAUGCUGGAGACUUAGCUGAGAAUGCCACUGCUUACGUUAGCUUAGAGCCAUGUAAUCAUUACGGGAGAACACCGCCUUGCACCGAAGCAUUGAUCAAGGCCAAGGUGAAAAGAGUUGUGGUUGGAAUGGUUGAUCCGAAUCCAAUCGUUUCUUCUUCGGGUAUCACUCGUUUGACAGAUGCUGGAAUCGAUGUCACUGUUGGCGUUGAAGAAGACUUAUGCAAGAAGAUGAAUGAGGGUUUCAUCCAUCGAAUGUUAACAGGAAAGCCUUUUCUAGCUCUCAGGUAUUCAAUGUCUGUCAAUGGUUGUUUUCUGGACAAGAUCGGGGAAGGAGCUUCUGAUGCUGGUGGGUACUACUCAAAGCUAUUGCAAGAAUAUGAUGGGAUAAUACUCUCUUCCUCGUUAUCUGAUAAACUCUCGAGCAUUUCUUCACAAGAAGAAGCUAAUGUUUCGAUCCAGCCUAUUCAAAUCAUAGUAGCUAGUAGUAAUGCACAACAGUCUCCUAUACUUGCUUCUUCCAACAUGGUGGAAGAAUCUGGUCCAAAAGUUGUAGUGUUCACCAAAAAGGACAUGGUUGCAGAAUCCGGAACCAGCAGUAGCGGGGUUGAAACAGUUGUAUUAGAAAAUAUAAAUUUGGAUUCCAUCUUGGAUUACUGCUAUCGCCGUGGACUAUGCAGUGUGUUGUUGGAUUUGAGGGGAGACAUCAAAGACCUUGAAGUGCUUCUUAAGGAUGGAUUUGAGCAGAAGCUGUUGCAGAAGAUAGUGGUUGAGGUUUUGCCUGAAUGGUGCGUGAAAGAUGACGAGAGACAGGUAGCGUUAUCCAUGAACUGGUUAGAGUCAAAGGCUGUGGAAUAUUUGCAGUUUAAGCAACUAGGUGGAAGCGUUUUGCUAGAGUGUUAUCUUUGAUGUUUUUGAUGUAUGAAUGUGUAAGUUGUUGAGCUUCGUUUUUCUUUUUUUGAAACAUUGUGUUAUUAACUGGAUUAAUAAAAUAUUUUAGUUUCAUU